GUCUUCCAUGGCUUCAUAACCAAUUGCUCUUCAACUACUUCCUCCAAAAUACUUACUCGAUUUCUCGUUCAUUAAAGACUUGUAUCUUCACAUUCCAAGACCACUAUCUCUGACACUCACUCGGUAUCAUCUAAUUAGAGCAUCGGUUACAUUCACUGGAGCAUUUAAACUGUCUUGCACAUUCUUUUUUGCGAAGCACCCUGUAGAACAGAGUAGGAAGCGGCAGGUAAAAAGUGAAACAGAGCAAAACGAGCAGACUGAAGAACCACGUGCACACGUGGACGCAGACGUUACGAUGACUCACAAAUGCUAAGUGGUCUCGAAAAGCCGCUGCGAUUUCUUUUGCGUUUCGGCCGCGUGCCAACAGCCAAUUCCCGACGCGUUUCGACGCACAGUGGCUCUUUGAUUUCGUUCUGAAUUAUCGUUACCACGAAACGAGGGAACGAUUUUCCGUGAGGUGAAACAUUCAGUGGACCUUGUCACGCGAUCUACCAAUCUUGGCUGCUUCUUCGAUCGGUACUCUUGGGUGCAAAUCGACAGUGACAUUUCGAUCGUAAACAGUCAAUGAAUUGUUAGGUGGUCAUCUUUGUGACGCUUCUCUUCAAAUUUGUGAACGUUGUGGAUCUUUUACUGCAUCUGUUUUUAAUUUUAAAAUAGAAGUUUCAAUAGUAGUUCCAAGAAGAAAAGUAUAUGUCUUUUUUAUUGGAAAAUGUAUUCAAUGAAAAGUUGCAUGAUGUUGCACAAUUGCUACAUUUUAAAACAACAAAAGUUAUAAUUAUGGAAAAUGUUUUUAGUAAUUUUGUUGAUUGUAAAACUUACUUAUAUAGGUACAAGAACAUUGUAAGAGGAAAAGUUGGAAAACAUUGUGAAUGUAUUCUUUAUCGAUGUCGCUUUAUAAAUAACUUCGAAAGAAGCCGGUGAUAAACGUUACUUGCAAGAUUUCGUGAAACAAAAGCAGCCAUCAGAAAAACAAACAAAAAUAUAGAAAACGUAAAAAGAUACAAGGAAAGAAGAGUGCAAGAGUAAUAAAUAUAGAGGAAAAACGUGAGAGACUUUCCUGUAAAUUUUUUACCAUAACACUAUUGAAAAUAUAAAUAUGUUCCAUGUUUUGAUUAAUGUGCAAGGAUUUAUUGGAAAGCACAUUGAACACGGCGGAACCUUAAGAGGAUUGGAAUUAUUAAGGGAAACAUUCUUCAUACUGCAGAGAAAACUUGUUUCAUAUUAAACAAAUAUUGAUGUAGAAUUUGUUGGAAGAAUUUGCUGGAAGAAUUUGUUAAUCUUUGAAUUUGAAGGUUUUUUAAUAAUGUGCAGUUUGAAUGAUGCACUCUACAGUGAAAAAUAAACACUUUUAUAUUUUAUUUCACCAGUAGUUACUGAUUCAUGGAUGUGUUAGCUACAGAGUUCAAAAAAUUGAUGUGCCAACUAUUUAUGCUGUUUGGAUGAUUCAAUGUUUUUGUAUAAAAACAUGUUUAAAUCACAGGAAUAUUUUUAUCAGUGUUAAUAUAAAAACAGAAGAAAGAAUGUAUUAAUAUAUUUGUCAGAAAAAUUUACUAAAAGAAGAUUAUAAGAAGAUAAUAGUGAGACUAUUGUUAAAAUAGGAAGACUAAAAUAAUAUUAAAGUAAUAGUGAGACUAUUAUCAAAAUUAUAAUAUUAAAAUAAUAUUCAACCAGAUUUGAAAAUUUCCUGCACGUUUUCUGAAGAAAUCGACGAUGAACUGUGUCCCAACAAUAGCAACAGAUGCAAAGGAAUCCACGAAGUUGCAAAAAGGCGUACCAAUUAGUUACGAGCAGAUGGUAGCGUGCAAAUACCGGAAGAGAACACUUAACAGUUACGUAAGGAGGUCGAUGUAAACGCCGGCCGUGCAUCCUGGAAUUUCAGACCUUACUCUACUCACGUUUUUAUUUUGCACCAUGAAGAAAAGCGAAUCUGAACCGAUCAGACCACAGAGACACCAAAAGUCUGCGUCUAAGAACCAUGAACCCACGAUAGAGGUACCAACGGAAGUAAACAUUAAAGCGUUAGAUGAAGAGUGUCUGAUGACUCGAACCAGUAGCGUCGUUUCAGAGGAGACCUCAACAGACUCGGACACUCACUCGUCGAAAUCAUCAAAGUCGACCAAAACGUCCGAAGAAAGUCACGAGAAUAAGUGGAAGAGGUUCUGGGAUCAGAAUCGAGAGAGGUUCAAACACAAAACGGAGGACGAUAUUCCAAAGAAUCGGUCGUUCGAUGAGAUAACAGCGGAGGUGGACGCCAUUUUUCGUAAAGCCAUCAGAAGCAUGCGACCAGAUCGACCGGAGGAUCGUAGACCUUCGAUCGACCUCGAAGAACCUGCAGACAAGAAUAAUUACACAGAGGAAGUUCAGAGUUCUCGAAAAGCCAGAUCUAAAUUCAAAGAACACAAGCUUCGCGAGUUUUUAUCGAGCGAUUCAAUCGAGAAGAAACCCGAAGAAGACACUCUCAAAACCGUUGAUGAAGAGAAGGACAAAGACAGUUCAAGUCGUUUAAACGUCCCUGAGAGCAUCUUCUUCGUGGACCUUUCAGACGAGGAGAAGAGCAAACUAGGGAAGGAGAGACUCGAGGAGAUCCGAGACCCAUCGUCGAGAAGAUGGAGCUCGCUGGAGAACCUGCGAGCAAAGAUGGACAAUGCUCGCGAAAAAUCUUACAGGACGAGAAUAGACAGUUUGUCCAUCGAGAAACCGGUUAAAGUCAAAGAGAAAAGAACGAUGGACUCGCUGAGAUCGUCGCUGGAGAGGAAGAUGGGCUCCGUGGAGAGGAUCCUCGAGGAUCACAUGGAGAAGAUCAUUGAAGGUAAUCUGGAGAACCGUUUGUGGUUGCUGCCUAUUGAGAACUGGAUCGUUGAGCGUUGCAAGCACUCUGGAAUACAUCAGGAUACUGAUGUUAAGCUCGAGGAAAGAAAAUUAAAGAGGGGAGACGAGAAUUUUGAAUUCAAAUCUGCACCGGAGCGCGAAGACGAAGCGAGCAGAUUGGAACAGAAGAAAUGCGAGAAAUUGAAGAAAUCUGAGUUGAAAAAUGAGGAAGAGAAGGUGGAGGUCGCUUUGGAGAAGGAUGUGAAACAUCAUGACCUGUUUGACAAGUUUAAGGAUAACGUUAAGGAGAAAAUGGAGGACAUUCAUAGGUACUUCCAACGGACCAAUCGAUUGGCGGACGUAAAUAGACGCUUGAAGUCACAAAUAUGGAGCUCCGUGGUGACAAUUGUUCUCGUCGAAGCGAAAAACCUGUUACCGAUGGAUAUAGAUGGACUCUCGGAUCCCUAUGUCAAAUUUCGACUAGGUACAGAGAAGUACAAGUCGAAAGUGGUGCACAAGACCCUGAAUCCAGUUUGGCUGGAGCAAUUCGAUCUUCAUUUAUACGAGGAUCCCUAUUUAGGCCAGGAGCUGGAGGUAACGGUGUGGGAUCGUGAUAAAAGCCAUCAGGACGACUUAAUGGGGAGGACGGUGAUCGAUUUGGCGACCCUCGAACGAGAAACUACUCAUCGCCUUUGGCGAGACCUCGAGGAUGGUUCUGGGAACAUUUUUCUCCUGUUAACCAUUAGUGGUACCACUGCUAGCGAGACUAUUAGCGACCUAGCUGCUCAUGAGGAAACGCCGCGCGAAAGAGAACAAUUGUUUCAGAGAUAUUCGAUUAUGAACACGUUGCAGAGGCUAAGAGAUGUUGGUCACCUAACAGUUAAGGUAUUCAGAGCUCAGGGUCUGGCAGCCGCAGAUCUUGGAGGGAAAAGUGAUCCUUUCUGUGUCCUGGAAUUAGUGAACGCCAGAUUGCAAACUCAAACGGAAUACAAAACACUUGCUCCAAAUUGGCAGAAGAUCUUCACGUUCAACGUGAAGGAUAUUAAUUCGGUGCUAGAGGUGACCGUGUACGACGAGGACAGGGAUCACAAAGUAGAAUUUCUUGGCAAGGUUGCUAUACCCUUAUUAAAGAUAAGAAACGGCGAGAAACGAUGGUACGCGUUGAAAGACAAAAAGUUACGAGGUCGGGCAAAGGGUAAUUCCCCUCAGAUACUCUUGGAGAUGAACGUGGUCUGGAACGUGGUCAGAGCCUGCGUACAAACGCUCAAUCCCAAAGAGAAAAAGUACAUGGAGCCGGAGAUAAAGUUCAAGAGACAAGUUUUUGUACGUAACGUCCUCAGGCUGAAAGCGAUCAUUGUUAUCGUCAUCGACAUUGGAAAAUACGUGCAGAGCUGCUGGGAGUGGGAGAGCAAAAUGAGGAGCAUCAUUGCACUGGUUAUUUUUAUUUUGGGCUGUUACUACUUUGAGCCUUACAUGUUUCCUGGAGCAGCGUUACUAAUUCUGUUAAAGUAUUACCUGCUUUACGGAGACGGAAGUGGACUCAAUCAAUGGAUUUCCGGACAGGUCUCGGUGAUAACCGGAACGCCCCUAUCGCAUCACACCAGCUCUCAUUACUAUGACGAGAUUGACGAUGGAGCAACUACUCCCGGGGAUGAUGACGACGAUGAAGAUGAUAAAGAUAAAGAAGAAAAGAAGAGUCUGAAGGAAAGACUGCAAACGAUUCAAGAAGUAACUCAGAUGGUUCAGAAUUCAAUGGGUUACAUAGCCAGUCUCUGUGAGAGGGUGAAGAAUCUCUUCAAUUUCACUGUCCCUUAUCUCAGUUACCUAGCAAUGAUUCUAACGAUCCUUGGAGCCGCGGUCCUCUACUUCAUCCCUCUUAGAUACCUGAUCUUGGCGUGGGGCGUCAAUAAAUUCUCCAGGAAGAUCAUCAGGCCUCACUCGGUUCCAAACAACGAGGUUCUUGAUCUCAUAUCUAGGGUGCCCGAUGACGAAGAACUUAUUAAUUACAGGGAAUUAAAGCCUUUACCGACGGCCGAUUGCGAGAAGGGAAGUACUUCAGGCAGUCCGGGUCCUUCGAAUUUGACGCGAAGGGAACAAAGGAAGAGGCACAAGGCCGCGUAGCAGCAUGCCCCGCGGCCGGAAGUCGCGGGUCUACGAUCACCGAGCAUCCUGAGGACGGUCCUGCUGCGGCGUAAAAUACGUCAGCGAAAGGAAGCAACGGAGAACCUGGAUGUGAUCGACAUAGACUGAGAAACGUUCGUUUCCACGUUCGUAGUCUUAGCUAGGGGGAUGACGUAUUCUAGUUUUCAAUCUUUCCGAUCGCGUACGAACAUCUCGUGUGGUAUGUCUUCGAAGUCUGAUCGUUAUUCGCUAGUUCGACAGAUUCACGAGAGACGCGGAAAUCGCCUUAUGAACGAGUUCAGGAACGUUAAUCGUAAGAAUAGAACCGACACGAGUGUUGAUGUACCAAAAAUAUUCAAGAUUUUAAGCCAAAAUGUAAUAUAUUACAGCGAUCUUUAAUCGCGGUUCAAAAGUUACCAGCGAGAUGAUAUUUUCAAAUUCUUAAUCAUAAUUUAGCAAGUCAAAUUCAGGUAAUAAGAUUAUCGAGUUUUUCCCAGGCAUACCACGCAAAAUUGUUGCUAGUUCUUCAUACGGAUAGAUUCCAGUAAGUCGACAGAAGUACAUCGAGAUAACGGUGUAGUUUUCAUCUAGUUAGUCUUUUUUGAAACGUAAACAUACGGUAGAACGUCUUCGUAGUCUUCUCGAACAGUUCGAUUGUGAAUCUAUGCGUGAUUAUCCAGCAACAGGAAAUUCAACAUCGCGUAUCAAUUUCCUCCAGCAGCCUUAUAUUUAUUCGAUCACAAAUAGAAUAAUCUUCUUGGAAAGUAGAGAACGUUAUAAAUAGAUUGCGGAUGUUUAUCUACAACUUUCAUGAAUGUUAAAUAUUUUCAAUGCAUUCACUGCCACGUCAUCCUCAUCGCUAGACAUUAGAGGAUGCGAAAUAUUAAAGUACAUCUUACUUUUUGCUAACGUUAAUUGUUUAACAUUUUAAUAGUCUUGUGUUUGUGGGAUUUAUAGCCACAAUUUUUCAUUUGUCUUUGUAUCUAAUUAUUGAGCAUGUAGAAAGAGAUCCUACUAUGCGAGUGUUCGAAAAUAUAUAAAUUCCUCUCUCAUGGAGUGAAUAAGUAAUACGUAUUUAAUAAAUAAGAGUUAAAGUGUUAAUGCAUAAACAUUCAUGAUCUAUUCGUAAAACACGAAAUGCGUUCAAUAAAGGAAGAGAUAAACGUCAGAUAAAUAAGUGGAGGAAACUAUAUUUGACUUUCUUUGUUGUUGGAUGAUUGAAGUCAGAAGAAUGCGGUGAAUCGAUUAUUGAAAGUAUCCCGUUCGAACGGGAAGACCGUGUAUGAAAGCGAGCGAGAAAAGUGCGUAAUAGAUUAGCAAAGCAUUAGCCAAGAAUAUCGACGGAGAAGAGAUACCAUAGAUUCAAAGAAAGGCGAGAGCCUUUCCGGUUAUCCUCGUCGAUCCGUUUUCGUCCAUCGGUGUCGUAGAUUUAGCUGCUACAAAAGAUCGUUAUCAUUGAACGAGAGAUAUUAAAAUUUAACGUUAAAGAAUUUAACAGAAAAAGACAAGUAUAGUUGUUCCGUCGACGACGUCGCUUGACGAGCUGUUUUUUCCUUUCAAGAAUGACGGGUAAACUCGCUGCAAUGUACUUGAUCCUUAUUAUCGGCGAAAUGAAAAAGAUAAUUUUAUCAGCGUUUAUAACGUUUCGAAGUAGUUUUAAUUCGACUUUCUGCUACCUCGUGCUGUAAUCUUGUGAUUGACGAAAGUGUUUUACCGGAACGUUGAUCAUUGAAGGGUGAACGUUAUUCGUCGUUCUUGAAAUAAAAGAUAUUAAGUCUUAUUGUUGAGGUGUUUCCUCGACAUUAUUCUCUUUAAUAGUAUUUAAUAUUAUCGAUUUAUUCGUUCCAACGCACACUUUCGCGUUACUCUGCCUCCUUGAGCAUGAAUAUACAUUUAAUGAAACGAGUGUCUUUAUGUUGAAAUGUAUGAAUAGUACAAUUUAGUGUUUUAACUCUUUUGUUACUGUAGCGUUAAAAAUUUCAGGAAGGUUAGUGACGGUGACUGUAACCUUUUGAUACUGAAGUAGUGAUAGGUUACUAUAGUUACCUUUAGGGUACAGAGUCAGGACUGCAGUCAUCUUUGGUACUUAUAGUUGGAGGAUAAAUGACUAUAAUCAUUAUUGGUUUGCAGUGAGUGAUGAGACUAUUAGUCUUAAUUUACAGUAAUGAAUUAUAGUUAUCUUCAGAAUUUAACCAUGCAUUAAAAUUACAUGACUAUAGUCAUCUUUGGUAUUUAUAGUUGGUGGGUAAAUGACUGUAAUCAUUAUUGGUUUGCAGUGAGUGAUGAGACUAUCAGCCUUAAUGUACAGUAAUGAAUUAUAGUCAUUUACAAAAUUUAACCAUACAUUAAAACUAGAUGACUACAGUCCACGAUUGAUAAAUGACUACAGUCAUAAUGGGCAUUUAGCCACAGUGAUGAAAGAGUUAAACACAAGAAACAUAUCAAAUUAAAAAAGCGAGUAACCACCGUCACAUUGAAACAUAGUUUAUUUCCAAAAAUUGUAUAUUAUACCGUUUGAUCUCUUCAAGAAUCGACCAAAGAAACGGUUCGUGUAAAAACAACCGAAUAAACUCGGAGAAAACUCAAGUAAAAGAAGUAAAAGUUUCUCCCGCGACUUGUAACACUAUAUUUUUAUAACAAUAAUAGCGACGAUGGUUCAAGCUUGGUCUACGAUUAGAUAACCGGGCCAGCCCCGUGACUUUCUUCGUUGUGAAUAUUAUUACGUUUUGUGCGACUUUUUUUCUCUAGCUAUUGUGAAACUGUUCCCAGGAGACGAACGUUACUUCCGUAUUUUUUUCAUUGCAUUUCCGGAACGUUACGAACCUGCGAAAGCGACAUUAAACUCCGUGUUUACAUCAACAGGAACUAGAUCAAGGACUGUUAUCAGCGUUGCCAUUUAAACUAUUGAGAAAUGUGAUGAGACCCUGGGGAAUGUACUCGGAACACUUUCCUCUUCUUUUGUUCGUUCCACUUGUUCGUUGCACUUCGUUGUAUUUAUAAUGAACGAAUACAUUUUAACAUUACGUUUAAACAUUAGUUGUAUAUGAUGAUUUUUAAAAUUAACAAAUGUAUAGCAAUUGUUAAGGAGACAGCAGGUGAUCAAUAUAUAUAUUAUAUGAACAAUAUAUGUGACAAUAUAUUGUUAACAUUUUGACAAUUUUUUCAUAGUUAUAGGAUACAUUUUAGUAUCAACAAUAUUAUAUUGGCAGUACCUAAUAUAAAAUAUUACCAAUAAAUAUUGAUGACUGUAUGAAUGUAUUAAUACAUAUAUAUAUUGCCUGCGUCUUCAAAACAUUAUGUCGUACUAUCUCAUAAUAUGAAUGUUUAUGUAAAUCAAUAUUUUUAUAAAAUAUUUUUACUUCGAACUAAAAUUAGAGGAAAGUGUCAGUACGUUUCGAUGGGUCUCAAAGAUAGAGAAAUAGAUGUAGUCCGAUAUGAAGUAACUGUUAUUAACGAUUGAUGUAAAGAUGCUCGAGGAGGGGCGUAACUUGCGAAAUUCAAUUUUACGGAUCAUCCGAGAAAGCCGAAAAUAAGAGGGGGUGUAUCACCGAUCCAUUUUUCGCUUUUUUAAUACGAAACGCCACUUUUUCGAAUCUGUCAUCGAUCUUUCUCAUCCGUGUAUUUAUCAUCGUGUUGAAAAUACAUCAUUGAGAUGCA